AUGGCGUACUACACUGCCGCCGCUGACAUGGAGGGCGUGGUUGAUGAGGACGUUCAGGAAGAAAGUGGCAGCCACGAGGAGGCUGUAGCCGAUGAGUACGGCGGUGACCAGGAGGAGAUUCCGACCGACGAGCUCUGCAACAAUGGCGAGGAUGAUGAUCACGUCGAAGAGGGAGAAGAGGAAGAAGUUGAAGAAGCUGAGCUGGAGCCUGCUGCUGCCGAGGAGUUCCUGGAAAACAUCAACGAUGCACAGGCAGAGGAGUUGGAGGGCGAGGGGCAUGGGGAGGUCCUGGAUGCAGAGGAAGCACCUGCCCCUGAAGAGCUUUCGGCGCAGGCAGACGUGACUCAGCUCCAGCAGGAAGAGGAAGCUGCAAAUCCGGAUGUGGAGGCCAUUGAGCCUGUGGAAGAUUCUGCCGAGGAGGUGAAUCCUGAGGAGGUAGCCUCAGAAGAGCAGGACGCAGAGGCCGCUCCCCAGCAGGUGCAGGAGGACACAGCCGAGGAUGUGGAGGGCGCAGAGAAGGAGAUGGAAGUGGCGGAGGAGGCUGCACCCGAAGAGGCUGAAGAUUCAGUGGAGGAGGAAGCGGUCGAGGAGGAUGCUGCACCCGCAGCGGGGGAUAUCGAGGUGAAGGAGGCAGUGGCUGCAGAGGAAGUGGCACAGGACAUGCUGGACAGGAUGCGACGUGCGCAGAUAAGCAAAUGCUCGCGGAGGAGGCAGGUGAACGAUGGCAGCGCAGCAGAGCCGCUUGAGGAAGAAGUUGCAGAAGUUGCAGAGGAAGAAGCUGUCGAAGACAAGGAAACGGAGGCUUUGCAGCCAGCUCAGGCAGAUGCGGAGGACACUGCAGACUGCAAUGCAGACAAGGCGAUGGAAUCUGAGGAGGCUGCUGCCGAAGACUCCCCAGAAGACGUGCCGGAGGAGGAAGCUGGAGAAGCGCGGGGCAAAGACGAGGUGUUGGAACCUGCUGAAGGACGUGCUGCCAAGGAUGCGACCGAGACGGCGGAAGCCGCGGAGGCAUCAGAGACUCUCGAGCCUGCGGCGGAAGCCACGCAGCCAGAUCGCGUGGAUGCCGGAAAACCCAGUGCACCGGCAUCCGAAGCCGAGCACGCCGAGCAAGCCGAGCUGGCUACGCCGCAGACACAGACGACUGCGGUACCCGCAGAGGAGGCUCCCGCGCGCCAGACAGGGCUGGGAUGGCUCUAUGCCUCCACAGUGGCUGCGGCUGCGGCUCUGCGCAGCUCCCCGAUGCGUGGUGCCCGCAGUCUGGCUGAGCGUCUGCGGAGUCGGGCAGGAGAGCCAGCCGAGAGCGGAGAGACGCUGGCUGCCCCGGUCUCCACAUCGCAAGGUGCCGAAGCACCAGAGCUCCUUCGCGCACGGCAGCGAGCUGAACGUGCAGCGCAGCGCCCACCGCCGGCGGGCCUCGAACAGUAUCCUGCAGCCGAUGGCGAGGAAGAGGCCGAAGAAGAGGAGGCUGAAGAAGACGCCAGCACAGCAUCUCCAGGAAAGACUGAGACUGCCGCCGUUGGGGUGAAGGCGUCAUCCCCUUCGCAGCAAAAGACGGCUUUGGCAGGCACAUCCGAGAAGGAUAAGGCCUCGCCGAAGACCUCGGCAACUUUGCCGGUGCAGGAGGCAGAAGCGGCAGAAGGGGUCCCCCCAGACGAGGCGCCGAAGUCGAAGGGCAAAUCCCAAAAGAAGGCCGCGGAGGAGAGCUCUGAGCCCAAGAAGAAGCCGGGAAGGAAGCCCAAACAGGCCGAGGCCCAGGCCGAGGCGAAGGCCGAGGAGCCUUCGAAGCGUGCGGCCGAAGCGGCACCGGAGGAGAGAAGCAAAAAGAAGACGAAGACAACGGCAGUCGACGUGCACUUGGAGGCCCUGCGCAGCUUAAAGACGGAAGCAGAGAGAGAAGAGUAUCUGGGCAACAUCACGCUGACCAUGCGGAUGAAGGUCGCCGAAGCGCAGUCGAUGUGUGCCGAUGCCUUGCCGGCAGCAGAGGCAGCAGAGGUUCAAGAGGAGGAAGCCCCGGCUCCGAGCGAGCCGAAGGCCAAGGAGAAGAAGCGGGGGAAAGCGGCCAAACCCGAAGCCGAGCCCGAAGAAGCGGCCUCCGAAGCACCGGCUCCUUCGGCACGCCCCCAGAAGCGUGCUGCGGCACAGCAGGCCGAGCCUGAUGAGGUCAAGAAGCCAAAGAAGCUCACAGCGGCGGUGGAGAAGCACAUGGAUGAGCUCGCGAAGCUGAAGACCCAGAAGCAGAAGGAGAAAUACAUCGCCAAGCUCACCAUCUCCAUGCAGACCAAGGUGGCUGCAGCCCUCUCUGAAGCCGAGGUCCAGGAGGAGACCGAAGAGCCCGAAAGCAAAAAGCGCGCAGCCCCUGCGAAGGAACCGAAGGACUCGGCCAAGGCUCGGAAGGUCGACGAUUCCGAGAAGCAUUUGGAGGAGCUCAGCAAACUCAAGUCCGAGAAAGCCAAGACUGCCUACCUGAAACAGCUGCCCGCAGCCACGCGGCAGCGCGUCGAGGCGCUCCGGGCCGCCUCUGCUCCCUCGGCUGCGCCGUCUGCGACUUCCGCAAACGCCUGCUCUCCGUCGCCACGGAGGCUGGGGCCGCCCACGCUGCUUGAGGUCGCUGAGAAGGUUGUGGAGGCACGCCAGGCUGAAAGCACAGGCGCUGCAGCUCAGCCAGAGCUCUCCCAGAAAAAGCCAGCUGCCAAAAAGAGGCCCACGGCAGUGGAAAAGCAUUUGCAGGAGCUGAGUAAGCUGAAGAAUCCUCAGAAGAAGGAGACCUACCUGAGCAAACUCCCUCCUGCUAUGCAGGUGAAGAUGGCCGAGGCGAUGUCCCUUGCUGAAGGCGGCUGCUGA